AUAUAUAUAUAGAUUAAUUCGCUGAGUAUUUGCUACAGGUUUUUAACAACAGUUCUUUAAAGUUCUUUAACAACAAAAGUACAACUUCUUGCUAGCGCGCUUAUAUUAGGUGGCUGCAACAUGGUCUUGACUAACGUUCUCAUCAGUUAUCUGUCAAUAAUUUUCGGUUUAAAUGUAAUUUCGACCUUAACUGCGCAACCCGAACUGAAGUUAGUGAAUGUGAUUUUCAGACAUGGUGAUCGAACACCUGACGAAAAAUACGAAAGAUAUCCGAAGGAUCCCCAUUUGAAUCAUACUUUCUAUCCGGAAGGAUUAGGACAGCUAACUAUUGAAGGAAAACAACGUGAAUAUAAAUUAGGAACAAUUUUACAUGAUAGAUACAAGAAGUUUUUGGGCGACAUGUAUAUACCGAAAAUUGUCGUAGGCCACAGCUCUGAUUACGACAGAACAAAGGCGUCUUUGCAACUUGUUCUCGCCGGUUUAUUUCCGCCAAACGAUCGACAACGCUGGAAUGACAACAUACUUUGGCAACCUAUUCCGACGACGUAUAUAUCACGUGUCAACGAUAAUUUCUUCUUGUCCGAUGAGUGUCCGAAGCUUCUCAAUGAAUUAGAUCGAGUACUAGAGUUGCCUGAAACGCGCAAGAUUCUGUCGCAGUUUGACGAAAUGUCAAAAAAUUUGACAGAAUUGACCGGCAAAAUCAUGAGCAGGCCUCAAGAUUGGUACUAUUUGUAUCAUACUUUCGUAACGUAUUCGUAUCUAAAUUUGACUCUUCCCAAAUGGGCAUAUGACUAUUAUCCUAAUGGUCAAUUGUUUGACGCGAUUGUUCUGACAUACAAUCUUUACAGUUACAAUCCAUUAUUAAAGAGACUGAAUGCUGGUCCAAUAAUUCGUGCCAUGUUUGACAAUAUGAAAGCUGUGCAAAAUUCGACCUCAAAGACAAAGAUUUAUUUAUACAGCGGACACGAGACCAACAUUGCAAAGCAGUUGAUCGCGUUUAACGUGUACAAGCCUCAUGUACCUGAAUUUUCUAGUGCAGUUAUCUUAGAAUUAUUACAACAAGACAAUCAAUAUUAUGUGAAGAUUUUACAUUAUCGAGGAAUUCCACCGGUUAUCGAUGAGCUCACAAUUCCAGGUUGCGAUACGCUCUGUUCUUUUGACAAGUUUUCAGAUUUUAUCAAAGAUCUUAUUCCGUCCGAUGAGGAAAUGGUUUGUGAUAAAAGAAAAACCGCGGAUUAUGCCAAUACGGAAUAUCCCGCUGCGAUUUACACUAAACUAUAUAAAAAUAUUAAGUUGACAGAAUUACAUAGUAAAAGUAUACAUAUAUCAAUAUAGGUAUUUAAAAU